UUAAGAUUUUAUCUUCCUAGUGUUUGCAAAAUCUUACAAGAUGCUUCAUUGCGUCAUAUUUGUCGGAAUAUUUCUGCCAAAUUCAUUUGGUAUUGAUUUGAAAGAUGGCGGUGUUCUGCAGUCGAUUACAAAGGAUAUUGAAAACUUGAAAACAGCGUAUAAUAUAUGUGCAGAAAAGCUCUCAGACACGGAUGAUCUAAGACAUACAAUAGCUGAACUUCAAAAGCAAAACACAGGUCUUACGGCUAAAGUUCAACAACUAGAACAAGACCGUCAGACGCAGGUAUGUGAUAGAAAGAAGAAUAAAGAAGAAGGAAAGACAUCCUCGGUCGGAACGUCCGUUCCAUUUAUCUCCGGGCAGAUACAACCUCAACCAGGAACUCUAGGGAUCCAGAAACGCCAGAUACCAGCCGACGGAAGAGUAGCUUUUACAGCCGGACUGUCAGCACAAAUACCAAACCUUGGUUCGCACCAUACUGUUAUCUUUGACAGCGUUGUAACGAACAUUGGCAACGCCUACCAUCCGAAUUCCGGCGUAUUCAUCGCACCGUACAAAGGUGCGUACGUUUUCAACGUAAAAAUGAAAGUUCCACCACGACACAAGCUUCACCUUCAACUUGUUGUAGAUGGUAAAGUAGUCUUCGACCUUGGUGUAGAAAUCCCCAGUAGUACGGAUUACGAAUCUGCCAACGAGGAAUUCAUAAUCGAGGUUAACCAAGGAGCUGACGUAUUUGUUCGUUCAGAUGCCAAUGGUGGACUUUUGUACGGCUAUAUGCGAUCUCUGUUUUCCGGAUUUCUUCUUUUUGAAACCGAGUAAAAUUGUGUUAAAUCGGACGGUCAUCAGGAUUUGGAAAUAAAUUUUAGCUUGAAAAAUAAUUUUUCGUUGUAUGGACAACUGCAAUAGAAUUUGACUGAAACCUGAAUUUUAUUGUCAACCAAAACAUAUAUACUUGUAAACUCA